AUGAUCAGUCACAUGGAACCGCAUGCCGCAACUGCUUUUGAGAGCCGAUGCGUGGACUUUGGUCUAAGUGAGCUCGGAGACUCUUCCUUCAAUGAGGAGCAAGAACGGGGGCUUUCGCCUGAGCUCGAACAAGAGCGGCAAGUCAUGAGACCGCUUCAGGCUGAGCCAGCAGAACAUCAGAUACACCCGGGCCUGGAGGAGUUCAUCCUCAACGGAGUGUAUCCAAAAGAUUCAUUCCAGCCGGCUUUCAUGUCCCUCGCAACCACGUCAGCAGCGCAAUAUCUGGAUGUGUCUGAGUUCCCGAGGAACAUCGUCGUUACACGCGACUUUGUCAAUACUGUCAGCAAAGUGUUGGGUCACGUCGACUUUUCGGACCCUUUCCAGAAACCCGUUCAGUGGAUUCUGUCCGUCCAAAGAAACCCCAGUAUACUCAUCAUUGUUAGCCCUUACGACGUUCAACAACUACUCACGGCCAUUGAGCAGUCUGAGCAUAUUAUACUGCAUCUCUUCUCUCCACGAAUCAACGUAGGAUACAAGUCGCUUGACAGUCUCGACUUGUACAAUAUAUCGGGAAUCAGUAUAUGCCGAAAGGUUCCGAGGCACAUCGCCAGUCUCCUGUGUCAGUUCUCCGGUCAGCUACACUUCCCAUCAUUUGAGGACUAUGCAUCUGUGCGACUCAAUCGGUCUCGCUUGGAAGCCUGUCAGAAAGAGUAUUAUCAUUCGGCAAACAGACUACUUAGCGACAAGAAUGCGUUCACAACUUUGCGUGGCAUGUUCAGAAAGAUCCUGGACGAUAGGACCCUGGGACGAGCCAUCGUCGUUAUUGAUGCCAUGGAUGAAUGCGAGGAAACAAGCAGAGAACUACUGGUUAGCUUCAUCGACGAGGCGUCUUCUGCAGAGGAGCUAUCCAAUAUAAAGUGGCACAUCUCGAGUCGGCCACUGUCUGAAAUGUCAGGAAGUGUGCAAGACAUCACUUCGUCAACACACAGUCUUCUCAAGCUUGAUGGACACGAUAUGUCGCCCUCUAUCAACAGAUAUAUCGAUUUAAAGAUGGUUCAGCUUAGACAGAAGGCCCAUAAGAAGAGCCGCGUUGAUGAAAUAGCAGAUAAGUUGAGAGCCCAAGCAAGCAACACUUAUGUCUGGGUGGCAUUGGUCUGCAAAGAACUCCUCCAUGCACAUGAGUUUACCUGGACUGAGAUUGUCAAAAAAAGUCCCAAAGGAUUUGGAAGCAUUCUAUGAAUAUCUGCUCGAUAGAUUGGCCAAUCUAGACUCAGAAACCAUGUCAUCGUGUUGCAAAAAAGUUCUAACUGCUGCUAUGCUUGCACAGGGUCCCCUGGCUUUGUCUGAGAUUGAAAUUCUCGCAGAGCUCCUAGAGGGCGAGGAUGUAGCAGAAGCUGUGGUCCUGG